UGGAGGGGGAGGAGUGAUAAUCAAUGUGAUAAUUUUACAACAGAAUACAAUAGAAUCCACUUGUUUAAACACAGCUGAGUGGUGGCAUGUAUUGUACAGGAAAGGGAAAGAGGAAAUUGCACAGCUUGAAAACAAGGUGACGUCGAAGUACCUAACUGGCUGGAACUCACACAGGGAAGGGCUGCAAGUACAAAGUCCUGCACCAGACUGCAAUCUAUCAGAGAAACUUUUAGUUCACUCCAGCCUCUUUCUUUGGGUUGUUUUUGAUGGUUGACAUUUUUCUGUUCUAUUUGCGUAAAGAUUUUUUGGGCGUGCUGUGCCCUACCCCUGAAAAGAGGGCUUCCUUUUGAAUGAAUGCACUCCUGCCACUUCCAUAAUCUCUGACUCAUAAUCCAUUGUACAGUUGGGAAGUCUCAGACUCUGUCUGUCUGUUAUUCUCUCUCUCCCUCUCAGGUGCCAUGAGGCUGCAACAAUGUCUCUCCUGGAGCCUCUCUCUGCUACCUCUGCUCUUGUUGUCUUGUGGGUACCAGUGCGUGUCGGUCCACUUCCAGACCCCGCAGCCGGUCAAUGUUCUCCCAGCCGGACGUCUAGUUCUCCAGGUCCAGAUCGACCGCGAUCCCAAAGAAAAGAUCUCCAUGAUAACCUGGGAGCGGCAGCCAGAGAACGCAAAGACCCCAGGGAAUCCUGGGAAGGUGACGUUGAUUACGUUCCCCGGUCAAGAAAAACGCUUGGACGGGCGUCUGAGUUUGGAGGAGCAGGGGUCGAUACUGAAGCUGGAGGGCUUUGGCGUGGCAGACAGCGGGGUGUACAUCGUGACCGUCACUGACCAGGCUGGCGUCAAGACCUCUGGACAGUGUACCGUCAAGGAGUACGAGGCUGUGCACCACCCCUCAGUGAGAGUGAACGUGUCCCACUCCUCCCUGUUCUGUGUGGAGACCUGGGGGACAGACCUUAAAUUCAGCUGGCUCCACGAGCGGGCAGCCAUAACCGAUGCUGUGGGACACGUUUCGCCUGAUGGAAAGACCCUCGUCGUCUCCUCCGCCCCCAUCUGUGGUCACUUCACCUGCAUGGUGAGCAACAAGCUGGGCCACAGCUCUGCCACCUACACAGCAGAGCCGUGUGAGAGAGAGGGCAAGAGGACCACGGUGGCGGUGGUCUCUCUCAUCAUCUUGCUGGUCUGUGGAGCAGCGCUCGCUUUUCUACUGUGGAGAGUUUGUUGGUUUCUGUUUAGGAGACACAGGCGAUACAGUAACAGAGGCGAGAGGCUUCAGGAUCAUUUUGAGGACAACUUGUAAUGGUGAACCAUUGAUACCAGUACCCAAGGUAUUUCGCUACACUCCCCAACUCAAAGAUGGACUCAUAAAAGGACAGUAAGUGUACAAAACACUUUGGGAGGAGCUUCCUUCCCUGUGAGCAGCAUGACCUUUCAGUGCAUUGGAACAAUGUGGAGAGUGAACUGCUUGUUGGCCAACUGACGAGUUCUAAAACUGGAAAGAGCAACUUUUGCACGAUGUGUUGCCUGUUUUUGUAGUAGCUAUCAUUUUUACACCGCCUCGCAUUGUACUGAACUACACACUACUUUUUUUAUAUAAUGCUCUAAAAUAAUUAGUUUUAAAUGAAAAACAAUUCCGUAUUUUGUAACUUUUGUAUAUUAUAAACAUUUUGUAUAUUUAGCUGUGUAUUCUUUGUAAUAAAAAGCACAUUUUAAA